AUGCUGACCGUUACUUCGAGUAUCACUAUCAACAGCGCGUCUUGGGGGCGUGCGAGUGAUAUAUCCCUUGACACCUCUAAGACCUCUAGUGGUGUGAGAUCUAUUUACUUCGAUAAAUGUAGCCUACCGUAUUUCAAAGCCUGCAUGUUUGCAACUGUAAUAGAAGAUGCUAUGACUCAAUUACGUAUUCUGGAGGAAAGCAACAACGAGAUGCGUAUAGUCAAAACAAUGGCUGAAAUGAACAAAUUGCUAUCGAAUAAGUUCGGGGUUCAGCAAAAGCCUGUCCCCGAUGACUUGGAUGAAAUUGAUCGGAAGAAAUUGGGCUCUAUGGACUAUAAGCUGGAGAAACUUGAGAGAGACAGAAAAUUCGUGCUUAAAGUAUUGUCGGAUGUUUACCUUGACUUAUCGAAACAUCGCAGUUGCCAGAAUCUAGCUGAUCACGUGUGCAGAAUAACCAGCAAAUACCAAAGCUACUAUCGUCUUAUUGAAGAAGAAACUAAGAAUAAAAUGUUACGACGCGACCUGAACCGUCAACUGCGCCAGCAGAGGAACCAUACAAAAUCUGUCACGUACGACACCCAUAUGAUCAUUGAAAACCUCAAAAAUAGAGUUGAUGACGCCUCUUUGAACGUGGAGGUACGCAGCCGAUAUAUAGCAAACUGGCAAAACGCUCGCUACGAGCAGAACUCGCAGAAGAUUAAGUUCACAGAGUCACCUUCCAUUCAGAGCAUAGAGUACCACAAACAGAGGACUGAACAAGAACACAGGGUUCAUAGUGAAGUUGAACUGUUGAUUAGUAUUUUUAUCAAUGAAACUUUAGAUAAAGUGGAACAUUGGAUGGUCAAAUAUGAGAAGGAUACAGAAAAAAUGGAUUUAAAAAUACAGAUAAUGAUGAAUAAUUAUGAAAACAUACAAAAAAGAAGAUUUGCCUUGGAAGAGAAGUUAAAGUCGCAAGCAGAAGAGAUAAAUAAGUGGGUAGAGUUUAAACAGAAGCGUGAAGAAGUUAGACUUUACCGCGAGAAGAUGCACAACGCGGCGGUAACUGUGCAAGCCUGGUGGCGUGGUCUUCUAGUACGGUAUGAAUUGGGGCCGUACAAACCGAAGAAGCGCCCUCCACCACCAGAAAAUAAGAAAAAGAAGAACUUGUCAUAUCUUCAAGCGUCAUUUUUUGCUACUGUUUUAGAAGACACGAUAACACAAAUGCGCAUUCUUGUUGAAUGCAACAACGAAUUGCGCAUUAUAAAAACUAACACGGACAUGAAGAUUCUGCUUCCAUUAAAAUAUGGCGUUGUUCAGCCAAAAGUGACAGACGAACUGGAGUCUAUAGAUCCUCACGAUUUGGGAUGUAACGAAUAUAAGUUGAAUAAGUUAGAUUCGGACAGAAAUUACUUAAUCGAUGUUAUAAAAAAGACUUAUCUGGACUUGUCACUGCACAAUCGUUACGAAGCUUUGGUGGACUUCGUGAAUAAUUUAGUGGACACUGAAUCAUACCGCGUCAGAGUUGCCGAUGAUGAGACUAAAAAUAAAAGUUUACGUCACGAAUUGAACAAACAGUUGCGCCAACAACGGAACCAUAUUAAAUCAGUUAUUUACGAUACGGACGCGGUUAUAGAGAAAUUGAAGAAUAUAGUCGAAGACGCAGCGCUCAAUGCAGAAAUAGAGAGCCGUUACAUUGACAAUUGGCAACGUGCUAGAAGUGAACAGCAUGUCCAGACCAUCGCCGAUAAGGAGGAGAGUCCGACACAUACUAUCGAGCAUUACAAGCAAAGGGCAGACCACGAGCAGAGAGUUCACACUGAAGUGGAAUUGUUGAUUAAUAUUAUUAUAAAUGAAACAUUGCAAAAAGUCGAAGAUUGGAUGAACAAGUACGACAAAGACAUGGAGCACAUAGACCUUAAAAUACAGAUUAAGAAAAACGAAUAUCAAAAUGAGUAUGACCGGCGUGUAGGCCUAGAAGAGACGAUUGAGACUCACGACAAAGAAAUGAAAGAUUGGAAUCACUUCAAGGAAGAACGCGAGAAGGCGCGAUUGUACCGCGAGAAGAUGACGAAAUCAGCUAUUACAGUGCAGGCUUGGUGGAGAGGCUUGCUAGUACGUCGUGAACUAGGUCCCUAUAAGGUUGCCAAGAAGCCGAAGGGUGGGGCGAAGAAAAAGUAA